CUGUUCUUGGGAAUCCUUUGGUUAUGCAGAAGUAGGCAAGUAUGGCAACGGAGGAUGAGACAGAUAAUCAUGAAAGCGAGGGAGGACCAGGCUUAGGAGGCAGUGCUGUGCAAAGCAAGGAAGGGCAGAAAGACAGGGAAUCAACAAAUCCGGAUGGCACCAAAGGGAACCGGAAGGAAAUGUCAUCGGGAGAGAGCUCAGGAAAAGCCAGGGGAAGCAGACAGGGGACUCAGGAAAACAAGGAGGGUAGGAAUAAGGAUAGGGUGAGCCCCGGGAAAUCAGAGGGAGUUGUGUCUAAGAAAGUAAAGGUCACGGACGCGAGGCGCAAACUAGCAGAGAUAGAGAAAAGGACCGCGGAAUACAAGGCAAGGUUAAUUGAAGAGAUGAUGAUUGGGAACAAGGAAGGCCCCCUGCAGGAGGAACCGCGGGACGAGCGGAAAACCAGCCGAGGCGGAACUGGGCACGGGGACAAGGGUAGUGACCGUGGGGGAACACCGAGCAAAAGAAGGAAAGAGAGAGAGAACUCUCCGGGAAUGGAGGCAGAGAAGGUUACGAACCCCUUAGCCAUAGACAGUAGGGUUAGCAGUCUACCGACCUCGCCAGCGGUAUCGCGAGGAUGCGAAGGGCUCUGGAGCCUCAGAGAAAGGGUUUUGGGAUGGUUCGACUCGGAAGGAACGACAAAGACUAGAGGCGGGCAGAAGGCCAGCAAGGAAGGGCCAGAUACCAGCAUGGCAGGKGAGGCCAGUAGCUCCGAAGGCGACCUUAGGAAGAUAGUAUCAUCCUUUGCACGAGUACUGAACAAGAACCAAGGCUACCUAGCAGACGCCAAGAAAAAGAUGACUUUCGAUGGAGCAAACAUCACGGAGUUCCUGAUCGACUACGAGAACCUAGCUGCGUUACUAAAAUGGACCGAGAAGGAAAAGAUGGACCACCUAGGACAGCAUGUGUCGUUAAGCCUAGGACGGGACAUAAUGGCCAUUGUAGCCGCAAGCCGGUCUUGGAAGGAGACCCGGGAUGUGAUGAUGAGGAAGUACCUAGCGGCGGAGAAAAUGGCAACAGAGGCCGACUUAGCGGCAGUUCAGAGGAAGAACUUCGCAACGUACAAUGAUUUCCUACGAGAGCUUACUCUAGUAGCACUAAGGAUCCCCGGGGUCACGGACCGGAUAAUGAGCAAAUAUUUCCUCAGGCAGUUCUCCGAGUCCGACAAAGACAAGAUCCUGUCGGCUUACCAACAGACGAGCAAGUUCGUAAACACGCGGGAUGUUGAUUUUAGCAUGGUAACAGAUCUGGCUGAGAAAACGGUAGUAACAGAAACAUUGGCCUUGCUCAAGGAAGGGGGGGUCAUAGACUUGACCAGUAGGACGGGCGACAAGAUUGCGGAGCCUAUCCGGGCUAUGAUCAGAGAGGAAGGGACCAUGGACUGGACGGAGGAGCGAGAGGAAGCCGUCCAGACCCUCAAGGACAUUCUGACGUCAUCGCAGGUCGCUUUGUCCGCGCCCUGCUUUAAUGAUGAAGUAGGACGACCAUUCAUCCUAGAAACAGAUGGAGGGCCCUUGGUCGUAGGAGGUGUACUGAUUCAAAGGGACGAGGGAGGAAAAAAGAGGCCAAUUAGGUUCAAAAGUAGAACCCUGAACUCCGCAGAACGGCGGUACUCACAAUUCAAGAAGGAAGUCCUAGCCAUCCUGCAUUGCCUUAAGACCUUUCAGGCCUACCUAUUUGGGAGGCGGUUCAUAUUAAGGAUCGAUCCGACGAAUGUCGCAGGGGCUCUAAAGAAUUACACGCCUAUAGAUCCGACGGUGGGGAGAUGGGUAGGAUUCAUCUGGCAAUUCGAUUACAAGAUCGAACGGAUUGCUGGAAUCCGGAACAAGGCAGAUGGGCUGAGUCGGGUUUGCAUCACUCCCAAAGGGGUGGAGGAUGCAGAGCCCAUAGACGCAUUCCUUGAAUUCGAAGGAGGGACUCUUGCGGUGGACAACGAAAUGAUGGACGAAGGAUGCGCAUCUGGGGAACUGCUGAUUCGGACUUUAGAAAAGGGGGCUCCUGCCGUAGUAGCAGAACUUAGAGAAGGACCGGUCACCACUCGAGGUCGUAAAGAGGAAAGGGAUUCGUGGGGAGCAAUAAUAGGACCAAAGGAAGAACUCAUAGCAAUGACGGUUGAAGGGGACCGGGAAGCCGUAAUGAGCCUAGUGGAAUCGUGGGAAAGGAAAUAGUUGGAAUGGUUGGUAAAUCGGAUGCAUGAGAAAAAGGAGGACCAGGAAGGAAAGGAGUUUCUCUAUGCUCGGAUAUACGAAGGGAUCUUUUGGGAGAUCGGAUCGUUACUGGUAGGAAAUAAACAACCCUUGGAAGU